UACGGUGUAAACAGUGGAGACCGCCAACCCAGCAGCCAGGGGCUUCGGUGUAACCGUUGCAGACACUGGCCUGGGUCCGGCGUUUGCUACCCACGGCCCGGCUGAGAGACACACGGCCCAUGGCGCAAGGCCGGGAGCGAGAUGAAGCCCACAACGUCGCCCUCGGCGCGUCCCUGUCUGUGAGAUGGGUGCAAGGAUUCCCCAGGCAGAAUGUUCAUUUUGUCAACGACAGCACCAUUUGCUACCCUUGUGGGAAUUUCAUAAUAUUUAUUAAUAUUGAAACCAAGAAAAAGACUGUACUCCAGUGUAUGCAUGGAAUCGUGGGUGUCGUGGCAACUAACGUUCCUCAUGAGGUUGUGGCUUUUUCUGACCGGCGGCUGAGACCCCUCAUCUACAUAUACAACUUUCCUGGAUUAACCAGAAGGAUCAGAUUAAAAGGCAAUGUUCUUCUGGACUACACUUUACUUUCAUUCAGUUACUGUGGCACCUACCUGGCUAGUUAUUCCUCCCUCCCAGAAUUUGAACUGGCCCUCUGGAACUGGGAAUCGGGUGUCAUUUUGUGCAAGAAAUCACAACCCGGUAUAGAUGUGAGCCAGAUGACUUUUAACCCCAUGAACUGGCACCAGUUGUGCUUGUCAAGUCCAAGUGCAGUGACUGUGUGGACAGUCGAAAGAAGUAACCAGGAGCAUUAUCUCGAAGCAAAGUCAGUAAAACUGCCUUUGGAAGAUGGGUCAUUUUGUAAUGAAACAGAUGUAGUUUUUCCCCAAUCAUUGCCCAAAGAUCCUGUCUAUGGACCUGUGCUCCCUGUGUCAGCCGUUGCCGGACUAGUGGGUGAAGAGGCAGAAACUUUCAGGCCUAAAGACGAUCUAUAUACUUUGGUUCACCUGACUAUGCACUGCUGGACUCCAACAAGUGACCUAUAUGUUGGCUGUGAAGAGGGUCAUCUUUUAAUGAUUAGUGGAGAAAACUUGAAGGUAACUGUGCUUAAUAAGAUAGAAGACGGACCACCAAGGGUUGGAAGAAAUCUUGUCAGUCCAGUCACCGUGGCAUAUCAGAAGGGAGGCGUGCUUGCUUCUGGAAUUGAUGGCUUUGUGUAUUCUUUUCUUAUUAAAGAUACAAAUUACAAAGUAGAGGAUUUUCUUGAGGUUGAAGAGCCUGUGGAACAUUUGAUGUUUUCUCCCAGUUACAGAAUGUUGCUGAUUCAGACAGACAAGGGAUCUAUUUAUAUUUACACUUUUGAUGAGGAGCCAACCUUUGAAAAACUCCUAGCGGCUUGUGAUGGGAAAUUUCAGGCAACAGACUUUAUCACACCUGGAAAUGAAUACUGCAUGACUCUCACCCAGUCAGGAGAAGUUUGUGUUUGGGGUAUAGAGGAUGGUGCUUGUGUCAGCAGGAUUUAUCUGAAUAUCCCAGCAACAGUUCUGGCUUGCUCUCCCUCCUCCCUCUCUGCAGCCGUGGGGACCAAGGGUGGCUUUGUCCACUUCCUCGACAUCCAGGACGUUGAAUCCCCUCACUCAGUUCAUAAGGCCUAUCUCUCUGAAUCGCCCGUGCAGCACCUCCUGUAUGACCAGAGAGGAAUAUAUCUAUUAGUUGGAACAUCAGAAGGACACGUCUUUGUUAUCGAUGCCAAACCCUCAAGCUUAUUUCAGAUUCUUGGAUUCAUAGAGGUGGGCAAAGGCAUUUUACAAAUAUCCACAGUGUCUCCUUUGGAAACAGAUAUAGUAGAAGUGACGGUGCUUUUCCCACUUCCAGAAACAGGAAGAAGCAGGCUGGAAAUAUUUACUCUGCCUAAAAUACUACCACAAGUUUCUGCAAGCUUUGCUGAUGAACGAGGGAGGCUGAGAGAUGCAUUCAUUCAUAAGUUCGUGUAUGAGAUAGAGCAUACUCUGUCCUCAGCUGUCUUGAACUUUCAAAGUAGCCGAAUAUAUGGCUUCUGUAACCAAGUGCCAUACAUCUGCAGCUAUCUUCUUCCUGAAAAAGAGCAUAGUGGUAUUUGCAUUCUUAAGUCAUACCAAAAAGUACAAAGCAAGCAAUAUGGACCUGGAAUGCUCUCUCUGUCUCCACAUGGAUUGUGGCUCAUAACAAUAGCUAAAUGUGGAAUUCUGUGUAUCCGAGAUAUUCAUACUUUGGAAACAUUUGUUCAGUGUCGGAGUCAUUCUCACCAGGGGCAUGGAAUUCAGUCGGUGAGAAUUUCAAUGGAUGGACAAAGUAUUCUGGUGAAUGGGAAGCAUGACGGCACCCUUGUUAACCUGAAAUGGAGGCAGUUUGGAGGAAACUUAGCCAAUGAAAUUCUUGAAUAUAGCCAGCAACUUUCAACUUACCUGGAGAACACCAUGGAUGAGGAGAAUGAUUAUUUAAGUAUAGCAAAAAAAGAUUCCUUGGAUUUGGGAUCAGAACCUGAACAUGCAAUAAAUGAGAAUGUGAGGUUAAGCGAUGACUCAUUACAAGAGGAAUUAGUCAAAGUUGAUAAUACGGUGGAAAUUCCCUGGAUACAACAAAAAAAACAAGAGGCCAUCAAAAACGAGGUUAAACUGUUUUCCAACAAAAGGAAAGAGAUAAAAAGAGGAAUCAAAGCACUUGCUAAAACUAUUCUGGACAUGAUGGAAGAAAAUGAAGCAGUAGAUAAUAUUGCAAAAUUAGAGCAACAAGAAUUUGGCCUGGAUCUUGAAGAACUGGAAAGACUCCACAAUGAAAGUGAGGAAGAAGUGGCAAAGAUAAGAAAGGAUGCUGAGAUGCAAAACCUAGCCAAGAGAUAUUUGGCUGAACUUAUCAAAGGAGAAUGCUGGAAUUCGAUGGCUGUGAAAGGCCGAGCUCUUAAGUGCUUUCACAUCCCAUGUGUGGUUGAGAACUUCCCAAUGAAAGAACGCACAGAUGAAGAGCUGAAAGAAUUGAAGAGAGUUGUGCAGCAAAAAGAGAUUGAAGCAGAGUGUCUUAAACUACAGAAGGAAAUUGUAGAGUUUCAGUCUGCAAUUACAUUGGUUAAAAAGCAUCAUGAAGAGGAGGAUGAAGAAGAGGAAGAAGAUGGGACAGCAAAAGAUACCAACUUGCCCAAUUACCUGCUUGGUAGUCUGAGUACUGAUUUUAGGGUACCUACCUCUUUGUUGUCAAGCCAACUGGAACUUCAUUCCAGAGAGGAGAAAAUCAACCAAAUUAUAUUACUGAAAGAUAUUAUUUACAAGGUAAAAACUGCUUUCAAUAAUGAGUUUGAUGCGGCAUAUAAACAAAAAGAGGUUGAAAUUGCACGUGUGAAGGAAAAAAAUGUAAGAAUUCAAGAAAUCGUUUUGGAUCUGGAGUUGGAAGAAACAGUCUGGCAACCAGAAUUUGAGGACUGUGAGAAGCCAGAGAGAACCCUCAUUGUGGAAAGUACUGAGAUUACAGCUCAGAGACAUAUUAAACCACAGCAAAAAGUCAAAACAGAAUUGCUUGUGACCCGUGAAAUGGAGCGAUUGCUUCUGUCACAGGGCUCCACCACAAGACGCCGAGCCCUCAUGGACAUGAUGGGAGGAGUUCUGGAAGUCAAGAAGGAAGACAUUUUGAGAAUGGUGAUUCCUCAACCUGCUUUCAUGUCAAAACCUGAUGCUUUGUGGUCUGAAAAGGAAAAGAAACAAUUCAAAGAGUAUGAGAAAAAAGUCAAGGAAUUAAAUGAAGAAAGAGAUAAGUAUAGAAAGUCAUUAGAAACAGAAAUGAAGAAACUUCAAAACUCUAUUCAAGAAAGCACACAGAAUUUUGAUGAACAUUUGAAAAGACUCUUUGAAAGGAGAGUGAGGGCGGAGAUGGCUGUCAGCCAGGAGGAAUUGAAAAUAAACAACCUUGUGUUCUCCUUACUGUUGGAUGAAGAAAUAAGCUCCAGAGAAGCCUUCCUGAACAACUACCUUGCAAGGAAGCAGGAGGAGAAAAGCCAGACUACAGAGGCCAUCCGGAAAUCUAGAGAAGACCACGAUAUGUACAAGGAACACUACGACAACUUACUGGCGGAAGACAAAGUUCUAGAUCGCAGCUUUAAAAAGGAAUUUUCUGAAAUUCCCAGUCAUCAGGUGGAUAUACUCUACAAACUUUUUAAACGCCGACCAAGGAUUCACAAACAAAAAGUGCACUCAGAUACGACCAGUCUUGUGCCUUUUGGAGAGCGACCAGGAUCUGGGAAAUUGAAUAAGGAUGCCUUUGCCCAGUUAAUGAAAGCCAUGGAUGACUUGGACAGUAUUAAUAACAUGCCACAAGGCUUGGACCCCUCCGUCUGGGAACAUUUCUGCAUGACCAGACGAGCGAAAGUGGAAAAUGAACAGAAAGUAAAGCAGAAAGCAGCUGGCUUAAUAGAAAUGGUGGCUUUCCUCCAGAGGAGAACUGAGGAUGAUGAGAAGGUGCAACAUGAAAUUGAAAAAGUACUCCGUGAGCUCACCCUAUUACAGGAAGACAAAGUGAAAUUCCAGUUGAAUUUGACAAUCCAAAUCCUCCUUAAACAAGGGCAAGUAGAACUGGAGAAUUUCCAGUUACUGCUGGAUUAUUCUGAUGCAAUCCUCAUCAACAAGAACAUAGUUGAAGACUUGAAUUCUGUGAUUCGGACUCAAGGACAAAAGAAAGUUGCUAGCAUGAUGGAAAGUAAAGAAGUCCACAAAGGAAUAUUUCAGAUCGAGUGGGAACAUAAGAAAAUGGAGAUGGAAAUGGAAGAUCUAAAUCAGAAGGCUCGGGAUAUUCAGAUGCUGUUUUUUUCAAGAGAUCGUCAAAAGUACCUAAAUGAACCAAACUAUGAGACUAUGAUUGCCAUUCAGAUUGGAGUAAUGGAGCAAACCAUUGCUGUUUUAGAUAAGACCCACAAAAAGAAUGUGGAAAGCUGCAAAAAGCUGCUUAAAAAACUGAGAAGGUACAGCAAUCAAAAAGAUGUAGCAAAUUAUACCCUAAGCUGCAAUUUACGAGAAGAACUGGUGGCUGUCUCAGAGAGAAAAGACAUCUGUAAUGCAGUGGGGUCUACACUGACUUGUGAAAAGAUUGCCAAAGAACGAUAUGAAAACAUGAUGCAACAGCAAAAGUUAACAAAAAUUUCAAAAGAACAAGCUGAGCAGAUUUCAAUACUACAGGCUGAAGUUGAAAGAUUAAGGAUGAAAACAUUUCCUGCUUUCGUUCAAAUGUAAAACUGCUGGUGGGAAACAUAAGACCAAAUCAGUCAUUUUAAAAAUAAUUUCAUUUGGUUAAAAUGAUUUCUGUCUCUCUUAUAUAAGGAAAUUUAAGUAGAGUCUCCUCUUAGUGGCAUAUUUUUAAUAGCAAAUUGAUUGAUUUUAGCCUUAGUCAUUAUAAAAAUGUCCUGCAUGAAUAAAUGUCUAAAAUAACACGAAUGAUUUUUAUUCAAGAAUGAACACGAUUUUAGCUCAGAAUAUAUUCAAGAUCUAUUUUAUUAAGUCUUAAUUUGAUCAAAAAUUAUUUUCACAGUAGUAAUAUAGAAAGUCUUAAAGACAAAAAAUUAUUUUUAGCCACUACUGGUAUUUCUAAUUUUAUAAAAUUACCAGAAAUGUUAUGAGAUUAUGAAUGAUUUUUAUCUUUUAUACUUUUCUGUAUUUCCCAUUUUCUUCAGUAAGCAUUUCUCUAUCAUCAGAAAAAAAAUUAAUAGAAUGUUUAAGAUGAUUCCCUGUCCUACCAAUGGGAACGAGGCGAAUUGUUUACUUUUACCAAGCCCUAAAUCACUUGUAAAUUACAACAUAUUUUCUUCUACAUAGACGUUCUACAUAAACAUGACAUAAUCUUCUAUAUUCAUAUGUAUUUGCAACAGAACUUAAUUUUGUGCCCCACAUGAUAGUUUAGUAAACAGAAAAAAAAGCAUUUUCUCAUUUUGUGAUAUUGUGAUUUAUAAUAAGAAAUAUAUAUAUUUGGUCUCCGACACCAUUCCUGGCACAGAGAUCCUAAAACCCUCGGAAUUUCCUAAGUGAUGAGAGAGGUACAGGUGUCUUGUUAUGUUAAUGAGGUGACUUUUGGAUUGCACCUAAGGAUGGGGGCUGUCUGCCAGGAGAACCAACCCUGUGUCCCAACCUCCCAUCCACCCACCCACCCUUACGCACACCCACCCCCCACCCCCACCUCUAGGAAGGGUAAACGGGCUGGAAGUUGAAUUGAUCACCGAUGACCAAUGAUUUAAUCAAUUGUGCCUAUGUAAUGAGGUCUCCAUAAAAGCCCAGAAGGACAAGGUUUGGAGAGUGUACCCAGAGAGAGCAAGCAAGUCUGAGCUUUUCACCAUAACUUGCCUUAUGCAUCUCUUCCAUCCCGAGGUUCCUGAGUUAGAUCCUUUUAUAAUAAAAUGGUAAUCUGAUAAAUAAAAUGUUUCUCUGCGUUCUAUGAACCACUCUAGCAAAUUAACUGAACCCAAGGAAGGAGGGAGUCUUGGGAACCUCUGACUUAUUGCCAGCCGGUCAGAAGCACAGGUAACAAUCUGGUUUUUCAAAUGGCAUCUGAAGUGGAGGGCAGUCUUGUGGGACUGAGCCCUUAACUUGUAGAAUCUGAUGCUAUCUCCAGAUAGAUGUGUCAGAAUUGAGUUGAAUUGUAGGACAUCCAGAUGGUGUUUUGAGAAUUGCUUGGUGUGGAGAAACAGACACACACAAAGGAAUUUGGUGAUCAGAAUUCUUACAUUUCCAUGAAAUAGUUUAUCACUUUAUUCAUGUAGAUGAUGAUAAAUAAGUAAUGAGAAGAUUAACUGCUCAGAAAACUGCUUUGCCUUUCCAUAGCCUAUGGACUGCUGCAUUCCAAGGUAAUACCAUUGGGAUCAUGAACCACAAUCUCCAAAGGGUGUCAAUGUCUCAAUGUUCUGCACUUUGUGAAUUAAAUGUUAAGUUUAAUUAGUAACACCAUAUCCAAUGUACACUGGUGUAGGUAAAGCAAGAGAGCAAUUAUAAAACAUUCUAUUUAGAAAAAAAAAUUUAGAAGUUUUAAAACCUUCUAUUUAGAAAUUGCCAGGAUAGUACCAUAAUUGAUCACCUGUAUAGUGAUCAGUGGUGGGAAUGGUAAGGAAAAUAGAACCAACAUCAUUUUGACAGCUCCCCCCCCUUAGACCUAGAAUGAUUCCUGAAGUAGUCGAUUUGGCUGAUUAAGCAGGGUAGUGCCUAUUGGUAACAUUUCCAUGUCACCUAAGUUAGCUACUGGAGCCUCCAUUUGCUACUAAGGCAAGGCCACAAAUUUCGCUGGACAGUGCUCUGUGGAUUCCCAGGUCUUAACAGCCUGUUUCGUUUCUUAGUGUCUACCCUGAGUGAUUCUGGCAAUGCUCCUUGCUUGAAUGCCUCAGCUUUGAGGCAUAGAGUGGAGGUUAGCAAGAGCCUCUUGCCCCCAGGCUGUAUUCUAGUAGCAGCACUUUCAACAAGAGGCAUCUUCUGCUUUGGGGUUAUUGGCAGGUGCUUUGGAAGGGCACAUGGGUCAUGGAACCCAGUCCUCUCUCUUGAUAUGUUUAUGGUACUGAUUCCUCUCAGCUUCUGCUGAACUAAGAGCAAUUAUAUUUGUAUUUUUAUAGCCCUUUAAGAUAUUAUCUAUAUUAUCAAGUAGUAAUAUAUAUAAUUAAUUGGGUCAAACAUAACAUGGUUAUGAGCUCUGUUGCUGGGUUGCUUGGGUUCAAUUCUGACUGUCACUAAAUAACUACUUAAUCUUAAAAUUUCCUCAUCUUUAAAA